AUGAGACGGCCGGACGAACCGCGCGACGAACAGAAUCGCCCUGUAUUCCGGGACCCGGCGCGGACGAGAAUACUAUCGCCGCCGCGCGACAACAACGCGAAUAAUAUAAGUAAUGUUUAUCGUCGCGGUGCUUAUCGACGCGUUCGCGUUAUUCUUCCGGGGGCGGCCGGCCGCGGAUCCCGGGCGCCGAUAACGGCGCGUUCGUUUGGCAGCACAAUGGCCCGGGCGGCGGCGGCGGCGGCGAUAACCGCGAUAAUUGUGAAUAUCGUCGCGGGCACCGGUCGGCACUAUUACGCGCCGGCCGGAGACCGCCGCGACCGUAUGGCGUACCGACGACGGUCGUUAUUUCGUAGGCCGGGUCGUUUUGUGAUGACGAUAACAAUAAUAACAAUAAUAAUAAUAUUAUUGAAACGGUGCGCCGAGGACCGUUGAGCCGGAGGGGCCGUUCGUCGUUGCGGGGGUUUUCCCGCCGCCGCGCCGCCGGCCGGUUACAAAAAGCGUUUGCGCACGCCGCCGCGCCGACACGAGUGUAUUACGCCGCGGGGCUCGGCGCGGGGAGACGUCACUUAUCCCGAUAUCGUUAUGGGAAACGGGCUUUGGCAUUUUGGACAUCCCCGUAG